AUGCGUCUAUCCAUCAUCGCAGCAGUUCUCCCUCUAGCCAUUGCAGGCCCUGUGGUUGACCCAGCUCCUCUCAUCCAGGCCCGCGGCUCGCAGGGCGUUGAUGGCAAGUACAUUGUCAAGUUCAAAGACAGCGCGGCAGUCAGCAUCCAGGAUGUUCAAUCCAAGGUGGCCAAAACCGAUCAUGUCUACGAAAACGUCAUCAAGGGAUUCUCAGCCAGUCUCACCCAGGACCAGGUUGAGAGCCUCCGUCGGGAUCCUGAUGUCGAGUACAUUGAACAGGAUGCCAUCGUCAGCAUCAACACCAUGAUUGAGCAGCGCGACGCUCCCUGGGGUCUUGCUCGCAUCUCGCACCGUCAGCGCGGCAACACCUCGUACAUCUACCACAGGAGCGCUGGCCGGGGUGUUUGCGCCUAUGUCAUUGACACAGGCAUCUUUGACAAGCACCCUGACUUUGGGCAACGUGCCCAGCAAAUCAAGACGUUUGCCGGCGACGAGACGCAAGAUGGCAACGGCCACGGAACGCACUGCGCUGGCAUCAUUGGCUCUAGCACGUAUGGUGUGGCCAAGAAGGUGUCCAUCUUCGGCGUCAAGGUACUCAGCGACGACGGAACGGGCCUUAUCAGCACCGUCAUCGCCGGCAUCGAGUUUGUCGCCUCGGAUCGGCACUGGCGAGACUGCCCCUCGGGCGUCGUUGUGAACAUGUCUUUCGGCAGCGGCUACUCGGCUACCCUCAACGAGGCUGCCACACGCCUGCAGUCUUCAGGUUGCUUUGUUGCCGCGGCAGCCGGCAACAGCAACGCGGAUGCCAACACUUUCUCGCCCGCCUCGGCGCCGUCCAUCUGUGCCGUCGGUGCCACCGACUCGGAGGACCGUCGCUCUCCCUUUUCCAACUUUGGCAGUGUCGUCGGCAUUUUCGCCCCUGGUUCUGACAUUCUCUCUACCUGGAACGACGGCCAAGCCAAACUUCUCUCUGGCACAUCGGCGGCCACUCCACACAUUGCUGGUCUUGGAGCCUAUCUCCUGUCGCUCCAUCAUGUCAAGGCCGGGGAAGUCUGCUCUCGUAUUCAGACUCUUUCCACCAAGAAGGUGCUUUCUGACGUUCCAGAGGGUACUCAAAACUACCUGGCCUUUAACGGCGCCACCGACUGA